AUGGCUUCAAAAGCAGGCUUGAGCGGAAGCUCCGCUUCCAACCCGACCGACAAGCUCAAGGCCGGCCCCGAUGCGCUGCGAAAGGAGGCCGAGUCCUCCGAACAGUACGAGAAGCUGCAGGAGGAGGCCAAGAUCCGGAGACUGCAAGCAUUGGCAAGCCACGACCAUCAUGCGACUUCCCCCAUGACCAUCAACCGUCUCCAGAUCCACGGCGCCACGAACACCAGACGAGGAUUCCUCGACCCCAUCUUCGAGCCGCUCCUGAAGGAGGAGGUCAACAGCUCAUCCACUCUCGGUGAGGUGGCUGCUCGCCUGGGCGACGCCAGAGGAAAGCUCGAGAGAUUGGGCAUCUUCCAACCCGAUCCCAAGGUUCACAUCAACGGUUCCGACCCCGCCGACCCCUCCUCCACCCCCACCGACGUCGAUGUCGACAUCGUCGUCAAAGAGCUCCCCCGAUACAAGUUCAACGCCGGCACCGAUGUUGGCAACAGCGAGGGCUCCGCUUACACCUCUCUGCUCUGGCGCAACAUCUUUGGCGGUGCCGAGCAGCUUACCGUCAAUGCCAGCGCCGGAACGAGAACACGGUCCGCCUACAGCGCAAACCUGAGCGCCCCCGUCCAGAGCAACCCGGACACGAGGAUCGCGAUCGAGGCUCUGUCUUCCGCGACGGACAAGUCCUGGGCCGCCCACGAGGAGGCGCUCAAGGGCGGAAACCUGCGUUUCUCAUGGCUCUCCGGCCCCAAGGACAUGCACUCCGUCGAGUACUCCGGUGUGUGGCGUCAGGUCACCGGUCUCCGCGACAGCGCCAGCCCCACCGUCCGCGCCGAUGCUGGAGACUCCGUCAAGAGCUCGAUCAAGCACACAUAUCAGCGUGACCAGAGAGACAACCCCCAACUGCCUCAAAGCGGCUACAUGCUCAAGUCCGUCUUUGAACUGGCUGGUGUCGGUCCUCUCGGCGGCGACGUCGCCUUCUCCAAGAGCGAGUGCGAGUUCGGUGGUGCCGUGCCCAUCCCUAUCCCCGGCGUCAAGGGCCGCUCCGGCGUUUCGAUCGGUGGAGGUCUCCGCUUCGGCAUGCUCUACCCUCUUCCCCUUGGCUUCGCCUCACAAGGCAAGUCGCAACCCAGUCGCAUCAACGACAGGUUCCAACUUGGCGGCCCCACCGAUGUCCGCGGCUUCCACUACGGCGGCCUCGGCCCCCACGACGGACAGGACGCCGUCGGAGGAGAUGUCUUCGCUGCUGGUAGCGUCAACAUGCUCUUCCCCCUGCCGUACAAGGGCCCCGAAUCGUCCCUGCGUCUUCAAGUCUUUGCCAACGGUGGAAGACUCGUUGCGCUGAAGAACAAGAGCAAGGGCGGCGAGUCGAAGAGCACCGGCCUCGACGCCAGCAACGUCGCCAACGGCAUGUGGAGAGCACUCAACGACCUGACGAACGGCUUGCCGACGACUGCCGCUGGUGUUGGUCUGGUCUACGCGCACCCCGUCGCCCGCUUCGAGUUGAACUUCAGUCUGCCUCUGGUUCUGAGGCGGGGCGAGCAGGGCACAAAGGGCUUCCAGGUCGGCGUUGGCAUCAACUUCCUGUAG